CGGGGGGGAUGGCCCGGUUUGUUGCCGCCGCGGCCGCCGUCUCCUCAGCCGCAGGAACCGAAGUCGCUGUCGCUGCCGCGGUCUGGGUCGCCAGCCGCCCGCUGGCUGGUUCGGCCCGGGCCCGCAGCCAUGGAGGACUUCAUCGUGAUCUCGGACGACAGCGGCUCCGAGAGCUCCGAGGGCACCCGCUCGGGCCGAGCGCGGAGGCUGCGCCGGGCCCUGUCCCGGACCUCCGGCGCGCUGCCCCGCCGGACCGUGGACUUCAUUGACUUAACUAGAGAAACCAGACCAAGGCCAAAGGAUCGCAGUGGAAUCUGUGUGAUUGACCUGACAGCAACUGAGGAAGAAACCAGACCUAUUGCCACUUUUGACUUGACUCUAGAACCUGUUACUCCUUCCCAGAAGGAGUCAACCAAUCUUCAAACAUGUGCCAGCAUCUCCAGCAAAGAGGUAAUGGAAGGGCGGGUGGACAGAAGCUCGUGGCCUGGAGCACGGAGAAUCAUUAACAGUGAUCCUGUGGACGUGGACCUCUUGGAAGAAACCACAUUUGAAGACCCCCAACCCCCUACGUCCACCAGUGGGGACUCUGUUUAUCCAGCAGAGCCGAACUGUAGCUCAACCACAUUCAAAGGGGACUUCAGCUUCUUGGCCAGCUUACAGCUCUCUUCAGAUGUCCAUUCCUUCUCCCCAGUAAGCAAUAAUGGCAGCAGCAGUCAGAGGGCGCCCUUGCCAUGCCCGCAGCAAGAUGUACCUUGCCCACCGCAAGCCUUGCCAUGCCCACUGCGAGCCUUGCCGUGCCCACGGCAAGACUCACCAUGUCCACCACGAGCCUCUUCAUGCCCACCGCGAGCCUUGUCAUGUCCGUCACAAGCCGUGCAGUGCCAACUACAAGCUUUGCCUACCCUGCCCCAAGAAGGGCCAUGCCCUCAGAAUAUGCCAUGCCCACCUCAGGACCCAUCAUGCCAUCCUCAGCACUCACCAAGCCCACCUCUGGACGCACGCUGCCCACCUCAAGACUCUCCGGGCCUUCCUCAAGGUGUACCAGGCCCACCUCAACACAUACCAGAUCCACCAGAUGUGGCACAGCUGCAAGGCAUGCCACAGUCGCUAGGAGACAUGCCACAGUCACCAGAUGUGCCACAGUCAUCAGGAGACGUGUCACAGUUAUUGCUAGAUGCGCCACAGUCACCAAGAGAUGCACCACAGUCGCCUAGAGGCGUGCCGCAGUCACCUGCAGGCGUGCCGCAGUCACCAAGAGGCAUCCCGCAGUCACUAAGAGACGCGCCACAGUCACCACGAGGUGCACCACAAUCACCAGGAAGCGCUUCACAGUCACCUGGCAAAACUUCACACUUAACAGAUGUGCUACAUUCACCUGGAGACCUUCCACACUUGCCAGGAGACAGGCCUGGCUCUCCCCCAAGUGAUGGGCAGAACCAUGACACUCCUAUGGAGAUCUCAGCUCCUUCCUCUCCGAGCUGCUCUCCCAGCCUGCAGUCUCCACAGUCUGAAACUUCCUUAAACAAAGUCCCUUGGUUCCCUGUCACAGAAACUCCAGCCAGAAAGGAGAUUUCACUGUCAGGGCCUGCCAACCCCGGGGCUAUCCAGGUACAAGCACAGACACCACACGGUGUGGUGUACAACAGGCCAUGUCUGCAUAGACUGAAGUACUUCUUACGACCUCCGGUGCAUCACCUCUUCUUCCAGACACUAAUUCCUGAUAGAGACACAAGAGAGAGCAAGGGUCAAAAACUAGAACCCAUCCCUCAUCGAAGACUAAGAAUGGUAACAAACACCAUCGAAGAAAAUUUUUCCCUGGGGACUGUGCAGUUUUUGAUGGACUUCGUGUCACCCCAGCAUUAUCCGCCCAGAGAAAUUGUGGCUCACAUCAUCCAGAAAAUCCUGCUCAGUGGCUCUGAGUCUGUGGAUGUCCUCAAGGAGGCCUACAUGCUUCUCAUGAAAAUUCAACAGCUACAUCCAGCUAAUGCCAAGACAGUGGAGUGGGACUGGAAGCUGCUCACUUACGUCAUGGAGGAAGAGGGACAAAAUCUGCCUGGGCGAGUCCUUUUCCUGCGUUACGUGGUACAGACCCUGGAAGAUGACUUCCAGCAGACCCUGAGGAAGCAACGACAGCACCUGCAGCAAUCCAUCGCUAACAUGGUGCUGUCCUGUGACAAGCAGCCCCACAACGUCAGGGAUGUGAUCAAGUGGUUGGUCAGAGCGGUGACUGAAGGUGGACUAACUCAGCCCCCAAAUGGGAGUCACGCCUCUUCGGGAACAGGCGUCUUGAAGGCCAGCAGUAGCCACCCCAGUCCCCAGCCUACCCCGACGAAGAACACCACUCAGGUGGUUGUGUGCCAGCUGCAGCGGAUGCUGUCCAUAGCCGUGGAGGUGGACAGGACCCCCACCUGCAGCUCCAAUAAAAUUGCCGAGAUGAUGUUCGGGUUUGUGCUGGACAUUCCUGAGAGGAGUCAGAGAGAGAUGUUUUUUACCACCAUGGAAAGCCACCUCCUGCGCUGCAAGGUGUUAGAAAUCAUCUUCCUGCACAGCUGCAAGACGCCCACCCGCCUGCCUCUGUCUCUGGCCCAGGCCCUCUACUUCCUGAACAAUUCCACGUCGCUGCUCAAGUGCCAGUCGGACAAAAUGCAGUGGCAGACGUGGGAUGAGCUGGUCGAGCACCUGCAGUUUCUGUUAUCCAGCUAUCAACAUGUUUUAAGAGAGCAUCUACGGAGUUCAGUAAUCGAUCGAAAAGACUUAAUAAUCAAGAGAAUUAAGCCCAAGCCCCAGCAAUGCGAUGACAUCACAGUGGUCGAUGUGGAGAAGCAGAUCGAGGCCUUCCGCAGCCGCCUGGUCCAGAUGCUGGGGGAGCCGCUGGUCCCCCAGCUGCAAGACAAAGUGCACUUGUUGAAGCUCCUGCUCUUCUAUGCUGCAGACUUGAACCCCGACGGAGAGCCCUCUCCCAAGCAUUGGAGCACCCCCUGAGGUCCUGCUACACACUGAGCACCAAGAAUACCUCCUGAACUCUCUCUCCAACUACUGGAAGUUCUAAAAGUAUGAAAAGUAGUUAAGUCUUAUAGGACCAAACCUAUCUUAUUUAUCUGUAGGUUAUAACUUUCUAACUCUUUAGUAAAUACUUUUUUGAUAAUCCUAU